CAGAAGCAGCAGCAGCAGCAGCGGCGGCGGCGGAGCGGAGAGCAGCGGAGCGCCGAUCUGAGCGCAGGGGAGCGGCUACACUCUGACCCCGAUCUACGGGGUUGAAAAGAGACCGCUGGUUGGAGACCCCCACGGACAGCGACGUCAUAUAUUUUGGUGAAGGACGGACCGUCGUUUUGCGGCGGUCAGACAGACAGCAACAGUUGUCACGAUGUCUGAGAUCAGAUGAGGCGAGAGCAGCGGAGUGAACAUUGCGGCGCUGCUGUGAUUCGGGCCGGGCGGGAUAAACGUGUUGCUGCCGCGUCCUGCCUGCAAUGAUACAGCCGUGAUAACCACCUGGGACAGCGAGGGAGUGUGGUGUACAUCUGUGUGUCAUACUGGGCUUUCGGCGUCAUUCGGCUUGUCAGCCAUCCCCCGGUUGUGUCGAGGUUUGUCUGCGGGUGAGGUGAAUCCAGACGUCAGGGCGGGCUCAUGUUCCGCUCAGCAGGGAAACGGGCUGUUGCGUCUGCAGAGAGUCAGAGCUGACGAGCCUGCUGAGACACACGGACAGACAGGCAGGCAGGCAGGCAGGCCGAGAGACAGACAGGAGCGAGGGGAGGGGGCGACAGCCUGUUUCGGCUCUCUCGACCCUUUGCGGAUCGAGCCGAGCCCCCUCCUGGUAUCCACCCAGAACCCCCACCCACUUGUCUCCCGCUUUGCAUGGGGGGAAAGCAGAGCACGGCGGGGCGUCCCCGGGGUGCUUUUCCCGGUGUCUCUACGGAUGACAGCGCGGUGCCACCCUCGGCCCACUUCGGCCACUACCGGCCGAGCGGCACCAUGGGCCUGCGGAGCCGUUCGGUGAGCUCCGUGGCUGGGAUGGGUAUCGAGCACAGUCCCGCCGUGCCCUUCGGCUUCUACACCCCUAGAGGGACGGACUCGGAUCGAGCCGGAGGGGGGUCUGGGGGUACUACCGCCGCCCCCCACGGUACCGGCUACCAGGACACUGGGGGAGGAGGGCACCACACAGACGGGGUGCUCUAUUUGGGGUCCCGGGGGUCGCUGGCUGACACCUUGCCCCUGCACAUCGCACCACGCUGGUUCAGCGCGCACAGCGGAUUCAAGUGUCCUGUCUGCUCCAAGUCUGUGGCGUCCAAUGAAAUGGAAGUUCACUUCAUCAUGUGUCUAAGCAAGCCUCGCCUCUCCUACAAUGAUGAUGUGUUGGCGAGGGAUGCCGGUGAGUGUGUGAUUUGUCUAGAGGAACUGCAGCAAGGGGACACCAUAGCCAGACUGCCGUGCCUCUGCAUCUACCAUAAAAGCUGUAUAGACUCAUGGUUUGAGAUCAAUCGGUCCUGCCCUGAACACCCCUCUGACUGACUGACCACCAGAUCCAUCAUGAAUACUGUUCAAGGACAUCUUGUGGUCCUGCCAUGAUAUGUGGACACAAAUGCAUCAGAGUCCGAUGAAACAAUCAAACCGAUCAACACAUACUUACCCCAACGGAUUCCAUGAACCUAAUCAAGAUAACUAUUCCUCAUGAACUGAACCAAAAAAUCGUGACCCUCAAACCAUCAUACAUUUAACGGCCCCUCCAAACCCUCCAAAUUACUACUGCUGAUGAAGAGACUGCUUACAUACGCAACCACCCCUGCCUUUCCUUCCCUCCGGUCCCACUUCAAGGCUGAUAGAAUCCCUUAAAGGGCUCCAUUGGCCUCAAACCCCCUCCAACCCAAGUGUCCAUUUGCCUCCCUGACGAGCUCAGGUCUUCGCAGGCCCCCAGCAGUUGGCCUUACAUCUUGUAUCUGGAUCCAGGCCUGUCAGUCAUUUGUGUCCAGCAGCCCUCCCAUGGCCUUAACUGUGGAGAUCUGAAGAAGCAGAGCAGGGAGGGGGGCAGGAGAGAAGAGGAAGGAAAGUCAUUCAAGGAAGAAGAGAGCUGAUGAAGUCGAGAAGGAGGAGAUCAUCGACGUAUGGAGGAUUGUUGAGUUGCUGAAGCUUGCUCUGACAGAUAGACUUGUACAUUAUUGGGCAAGCCUCUCACCUCACAGCAGGACUCCAACUUGAUGACUUCCUCUUCUGACACUCUGGGUCCUGAUGUGCUUCUUUCUCAAAGUCUCUGCCUCAGUUUGGCACACCCCCUGACAAAUUGGCACAUUGUAUUCACAUCUCAAAGUCCCUGAAAUGCUUCUUAGACCUGGUUUAUGGACACCAGGACAGGCAAGGAGGGAUGGAGGGAAAAGUGUAAAAGACAAAAAAGAUGUCAGCUUGUAAGAAAAGUUUGGAGGGGAUGGUAUAAGGAUGGACCUGGGGUGGAGAGGAACGGUCUGAGCAUGCUCAGUUCCGAUCAGGAGAGGGGAAGGGGCCAGAAAUGUAGUGUUUGCUCCUACUGUGUAACGUGUGUUUGAGAUGCUCCAGUGUCAGGCUUCACCCGGUAUGUGUAUGUACAUUAUGUGUGCGUGUGAGUGCGAGCUUGGAACCGUGACAACAUAGCUUUUGCUGAAGCCUACUGUAUGUGUGUUUGUGUGUGAGUGUGAGUGUGUGAGGGCCAGCGUGAAAGGUCAGUGUGGAGGGCUGACUGGGGCAGUGCCGUGUGUGUCUGUGUAUUGAAAUGUUUACAGUCUAGGUGUCCAUGUUCCCUGUGCGUGUGACUGGCAGUCCUCCCUUUACUUUGCUGAUGUUUACAGCUACAGAGAAGUGACAUGACAUAUUGUAAAUUAUACACGUAACCUCUCUGGGUUCUUUCUUUUUAGAUCUGCCAGAUUUUUUCAUGUGACCAUGAUUAGUCAUUUUCUCGUGAGAGCCUCAAGUGUGAGUGUGUGAGUGUCUGUGUAUAUGACUGUAUGACUCAAGAGGCCCCUGCUGGUCUAUGCUACUGUCGGUUCCCCACAUUGUGUUUCUGCUAGAGAAGGUCUGGCUGACUGCGACGGGAGACGUGAGCCACUCAGACCCGAUAAAGGACUCUGUAGUCCCGCAGUGGAUCCACUGAAUGGGGCUUAUUUAUUCAUUUGUUCAUAUUUAACAAUAUUUGUUUAAUACUCAAAUCAUGUGAGGUGUUACUCACUCUUCAGAAUGCCAAGAGCUGAUGUAUGACGACUACUACAAAUCAACAUACAAACAAACUGCAUUUACAAAGCUACUGUAAACAAAUGGUGGAAUAAAUUGUGCUAGAUGACA